AUGCCUCGUCUCGUGCGCCGCCAGCCGCUCGCGGAGCGCAUUUCAUCCUACUUGAACCCAUGGGAUUUUCUGCUUUGGCUGUCAGAGUCAAUCGAUGGAUACGACUGGGAUCAACUGGAGAAGGACUGGGGUCUCACUAUUGGUGUCACUCUGAAUUUGGUAUUCCUGAUUGCGCGAGCAAAUAGCCGAUCGAGUGGGAGCCAAGCUAUCGACGAUGUGUUUGGAGACGAUGAUGGCAUGCCAUGGCUCAGUUGGUUUGCAUUUGUCGUCGUGCACACUCUGGGAUUGUUCUCCGCGUUCAAUGCCGUCUAUACCUUCUACCGCAAGCGAUACUACCGCUUGUUUGAAUCUCCUAUCGACAGAGCACCUGCGACUUCUUCCGCCACUCGAGUGAAAGUCGAUUCCAGCCCGAUGAUUGCCUCACCUUUGCGCUAUCUGGCCAAUGCCAUGUCCUCAGAAUCCGCCGAGUCGCGAGCGCAUCCCGACGCGCAUCGGGAUGUGUGGGAAGUGGCGAUGUGGGAUCCUUUGCCGAUCUGCGUCCGACUGUUCUGCUUGUUCAGCCCGGGCCAUGUAUUGGUUUAUUAUCUUUUCUUGCCGACCCAGAUCUCCGAUCCUCGCCCCAGCGUGACAAUUGUGACGACCAUUUUCUUGACUGUUCUCCUCUCGGUUCAAAUGUCCUUCAUCUCCUCGUACUACAAGCAACAAGCAAAGGAUUCGAUGCUCGUGCACAGAGAAGUCAUGAAGGAAUACGACACAAAAUACGUUCACCCGCGGACUCAGCCCUUGAUGAGAGAUGUUGGCACCCAGUUUACAGAAAGCAGCGACCUCACCACGGCAUCUGACAGCCCAAACAAGGUCGAAACCUAUACGCCAACUUUUAUUAUCAAUCGUGGAUUCAAAACUAGCCCCAACCCGAACUAUGUUAGUCAUGUUGACCCUGAGGGCUUUUCCCCACGGCGUCCAGUGGACUCUACUCCAACCUCAAGAUCAAUCUUCCAAACUCAACCAUCCUUGCAUACGCCAGUCAUCCCGCGUGAUGGCUCCCCUCUAGUUCGAACUGCGAACACAUCUAUCCGACAGCCCCAAUUCCGUCCAGGCUCAACUAGCACUGGCGACGGCGGUAGCCUCGGAGUUUACUCACAUGCCAACUCCCCCUUGAGGAAAUCAGCGUCGACUGCAUUUGAGCGUCGCGUUCAAAAUAAUGGCGACUUCUUCUACAAAGAGCGAGGGACCAGCCCUCUGAAGAAGCCCUCUAGUCCACUCAAGCGAAGCAGCUUGGCAGGACCAACAGGUAGUCCAGCACCUGGACUUAGACCAAGUAACUUGGGUCCAUCCAACCGCCGUGAAACUGGCAGGUUCUAA